AGCUGUGUGUCUUAUCAAUAUCAUCCCGGAAGAGAAGACGCAAAAUAUUUAUUUGCAAGUCAAUACUUGAGAAAAAAUUCCAUUCAAAAUGGCUGGGUCAUUGCGAUUGCCGCCCAUGUUUAUAAAAGGUUUUCUUAGGCACUCAGCCAUGACUACAACAUUAGUGCCCAGGUUAGCCAUGUCCAGCAAAGCAGCAGCAGCCGAGGACCAAAAGAAGCCUCUACUCUAUUCGUUUUGGUCCAGCUCCUGCUCCUGGCGAGUUCGUAUUGUCUUGAGUUUUAAGGGCAUACCCUUUGAUCUUAAGCCAAUUAGCUUAUCUAAACGGGACACCAAUAAUUGUUACACCGAUGAGUUCCAUCAGAUAAAUCCCAUGCAGAGGGUACCCUCCCUUGUAAUUGAUGGUCAUACACUAAGUGAUUCUGUGGCUAUAAUGCAUUAUCUGGAAGAAACUCGACCAGAGCAUCCACUUUUGCCCGAGAGUCCAUAUGAACGGGCCAAAGUCCGUGAAAUUGUCGAGAUCGUUUGCUCUAGCAUACAACCACUGCAAAACGUUGGAGUCUUGGAUGAGGUGGGUGACAAGGGUAGACUAAAGUGGGCCCAGUUAUGGAUCAAACGUGGUUUUACGGCUCUCGAGAGUGUCCUUUCCACUACAUCGGGCAAAUACAGUGUGGGUGAUAAAAUUACCCUGGCAGAUGUGUGCCUGGUUCCACAAGUUUUUAAUGCCAAAAGAUACAAGGUGGACCUUACACCAUAUCCCAACAUUGUUCGCUUAAAUGAAGAACUACUUGGAAAUCCAGCAUUUAGCUCCAGUCAUCCACAUACACAACCUGAUUACAUUCCUAAAAACGGUUUCUAAUUAACAUAAAAUUACUUUAAAUUGAAAAAGCUUUUAAAAAUUUAUGUUUAUUCAAAAAAUUUAUUAAUCUGUUUAACUAGUCUAUGUAGAACUCUUGACCGUCUGUCUAGUGAAGAAUAAAAUCUCCCAAAUACCACAUAA